AUGACGACGACGCUCCACCCCGGCGGGGAUCCCCGCAAAGCACCUUGUGAAGGAAACGACCAAGCAGACCGUAGCAACAAAAAGGUAAAAACGACGGAUUGUGUAACUGUCUUUGAUUCAGAAAUGGAUCUACUGGAGGAGAAUAAUCCCAGAUUGGAAGGUCUGCAAAAGGAAUCAAAGAUGUCCUAUAAGGAUAAAGUGAUUGCUGGGGAAUCCUUCACCCCCUUUUCCCCCCAAGAAAUUGUUGACCUAGUUAGGGAAGAACUCGCUGGAGAUGAUCUGGAAUCUAUGAAACUUGAGGAUGAGAGGAAGCCUUUCAGCCUCAACCCCGUUGUUCCUGUCUCCUUAGAAGAAUAUGAAGAAUGGUGUCGCCCAUGGAAGUUUACCCUGGUAGUGAAGCUCCUGGGAAAGAAAAUUGGGUUUAGGUGGAUGGACCAGCGCCUCCACAGAAUCUGGGCAAAGGAAGGGGACAUUAAGGUGAUUGACCUUGCUGAGGACUACUAUCUGGUUCGCUUUGCUUCUGAAAAUGAUUACCGGGUUGCUCUCUUCGAGGGCCCGUGGAUGAUUGCAGACCACUACCUACUGGUGCAGAGAUGGAGACCUAGAUUCAAGGCAAAUGAUGAAGCUGCCAGGAAGAUAGCGGUGUGGAUCAGGUUGCCAGAACUUGAUGUGGAGCUCUGUAAUGAAAAAUUCCUUUGGCGCCUUGGAUCCCUACUAGGGACGAUGCUCAAGAUUGAUACCCACACAUCUGUUAACAACCGUGCUAAGUUUGCCCGAAUCUGUGUUGAAAUUGAUCUGAAUUGCAAGCUUUCUCCCACUUUCACUGCUCUAGGAGAGGUAUACCGACUAGAAUAUGAAGGUCUCCAUGCUAUAUGUUUCAGUUGUGGAAAAUAUGGCCACAAGAGUGAUCGAUGCCCAGAGAGGACUAUUCCCACCCCUCUUCCCUCUUCCCCUAAGGGUAAUGAUCCAAUGCUGCCAGCGUCUGAGGAUCAUCAACCAAAAUCUAAGGUGAUUCAGGAACAGACUGAAGUGGAAAAUGACACUCCUAGUGGCUUUGGCCCAUGGAUGUUGGUUAAAAAACCACCCAAGAGGAAGCCUCUUAAACCCUUGAACCAAACCAUUAACCAGCAUGGUAACAAAUCUCGUUUCUCAGCCCUCAACUCUAAUGAUGAGCCUAGGGAGCAGCCAGUCAACGUUAAUCCCCAUCCUGGUCAAGAAAACCAUCAGCAACAAGAUGCCCCCAAAUCCAAAGGUGGGCUUGGGAUAAAAGCUAAUAAAGCUUCUGGUAGGAUCGCAACCCAACAGAAGAUAGUGAAUCAGAACCAAGAGAGGGUCCAACCUCAGAAAGAAAUGCAGCAAAACAAGGACAUGCAGACUAUCCAUAAAGGUGAGGAGGUGACUCAUUACCUCACCAGGGAAGAAUCUGCAGCCCUGGCAGCGGUGAAACAAUUUCAACAAAAGAUGUGGGAUGAUUUUAAAUCAGGGAAAAUCCCAGAAGAUGGUCUUCAAGGUGGUUCCUACGUUCCUUCCUAUGAGGAGCUCAAUUUCAUCAAGUCCCUCAUGAAGCAGAAAGGUCUAGAUGCCUCAGUAGCAGACAUGGAGUGCAGUGAUAGAUGCAAGCAAGAUUCCUUGCAAGAAGCCCAGGGGGCUGGGAAAAAGAAUUUUACCAGCUUUAUUAAGGAUUGUUCAAGAAUCUAUCAUUUGGGUUUUGUGGCCAUUCUUGAGCCUCGUAUAAGUGGUGAGAAAGCUGAUAAAGUCCUCUCCAAUAUGGGCUUUGACAGUAUAACAAAAACUGAUGCAAACGGUUUCUCUGGAGGUAUCUGGUGUUGUUGGAAGCAAUCCAUGUUCUCAAUCAGAGUAGUGGCUUUAAACCAGCAAUGCAUUCACCUCCAUGUUAAUCCUAAUGAUCAGGGAGGGUGGUACCUUACUGUUGUUUAUGCUCAUCCCCAAGAAAGGAUGAGGGUUUCCCUGUGGAAUGACCUUGUGAACUUCAAGGACCAGACCUCUGGCCCCUGGUUCGUUGCUGGAGAUUUCAACUCCGUUCUUUUUGAGGCAGAAAAAGUGGGUGGUGCCCCCUUCAACCGUCAGGCUGCUAACAAAUUCCAGGAAUGCUUGAACAUCACCCACUUGGAGGAUCUUGGCGCGAAAGGUGUCCAUUUUACCUGGCAGAGGGGUGAUCUUUUUGAGCGUCUUGAUAGAGCAGUCUCCAAUGCCCAAUGGAGGACCAGAUUUCCUGCAGCCUCUAUAACAAAUCUUCCUCUCCCUUUCUCAGACCAUUGUGCCCUCUGGUUGAGACUCAAUGUAGAAACUAGGAGCCCAAAACCUUUUAAGUUCUUGGCUGCCUGGUCGCAACAUCCAGAAUUCCAGGAUCUGAUUAAGAAUAAUUGGAGAGCUUCCAGUUCUUGGCAGGGAAACAUCACAAACUGUACUGAAACGCUCAUGGAAUGGAAUAAACUGGUUUUUGGAGACAUAUUCCGCACCAAAAAGAGGCUCCUGGCCAGAAUGGAGGGCAUCCAGAAGAAGAUAGUUCAGAACCCAAAUCCUUUUCUGAUGAAGUUGAGAAAGAGACUAUGGACUGAUUAUGAAACCAUCCUGAGAAGUGAAGAGUUGUACUGGGCUCAGCAAGCCAAAAUUAACUGGCUUAAUUUGGGUGAUAGGAACACUAAAUUCUUUCACCAAAGCACUAUAGCUAGACAACAACGAAACAAAGUGGAGGCCCUCCUCAAUGAAGAGGGAGAAUGGACUUAUGACAGCUUGAACUUGAAAAGGUUGAUUGUUAAUUACUUCAAGUCCCUUUUCUCUACUGACCAGGGACUUCCCUAUAGUCUGUGUAGUUCCUCCUCUUUUCCGAAGCUUAGCGGCCUUGAGAGCACUGAGAUGAUGAAGCUAGUGACCCAUGGAGAAGUGAAAAAAGCGCUUUUCAGUAUUGGAAAUCUGAAAUCCCCAGGCCCUGAUGGAUUUCAUGCAGUCUUUUUCAAACAGAACUGGGAUCUCAUUGGGGAUUCCCUAAUCAGUCUUAUCAGAAACAUCUUCUCCAACCCUGCUCUGAUCAAGAAUGUGAACCAAACUGUUUUGGCUCUUAUUCCCAAAGUCCAAAUCCCUGAACGUGUCUCCCAAUUCAGACCAAUUGCCCUUUGA